AUGGACAUUGCAUAUGGAUAUGAAAUUGUGAUUGUUCUUCUUUCAGGGUGUCCACCAACAAAGAAGAUCAAGUUGGGAGGUCGCUUCUUCCGAGCAUCGCUGGUGACAGCCAUGGUGGCUGACGGCGGCGCCGCUGGGGCGGAAAUGGAGAAGGUGAAUGGUUGCUCUGGUCCGGUAGUGGGGGAGUUGGAAGGCGGCGCUGGUACAGCCGUGGGGGAGGUGGACCGUGGCCCUGGUGCAGUUGUGGGAAAGGUGGACGGCGGCGCUGGUGCAGCUAGGAUGGAGGUGGAAGGCGGCGCUGCGGCGUCCAUGGAGAUGAUGGAUAUCCUCGUCCGCCUCGACCCCAAAUCCCUCCUCCGCUGCCGCACCGUCCGCCGCGCCUGGCGCCGCGUCACCUCCACUCGCCGCUUCCUCCUCGCCCACCACGCCCGCCAGCCCGCCUUUCCUAUUGUGGACGGCGACCAGUUAGUCCUCGGCGUCCACCACCACGACAUCCUCGCCUUCGACCACCGGACCGCCGCUAACGCCCAGCUCCAUACCAUCGCCAGCCUUGACCAGGACUUCUGUCUGAAGGCCUGGGCCAUCGUGGGACUUCACUGCCUUCGGGAUGUACCUCCACCGAGUCACCGACCCACCAGCGAGUACCGCCUGUUACUGCGACGGCGGAGCAACAUGGAAUCGCCUGAAGAGCAAAUUGGCUGCUAUGUCUUUCCAUUAGGCUCCGAACAGCCACCGAGGUACAUUGGGUGGCCGGACAUAGAGUCAAAGGUCUUCAGCUUACCUAUUGAGCUGCGUGAUAACCUGCAUUGGUAUCCAUAUUAUCAUCUGAGUGAAAGCGAACAAUUGCAGAGUGAAGGCAAACCUGUAAUAAUACUUGACACGGUAGCUGAGUCGUUCCGGCAGAUGCAUGCUCCAAUUGUGCCCACCAAGUCAUAUAUCUUUGAGAUGGAUGACACGCUUGGCAUCUAUUGCAAUGACGAUUACAAGAACACUUUUAGUAUAUGGGUGCUGCAGAACUAUGAAAGCGAGUCUUGGGACUCAAAGUACCGAAUCAGAUUGCCUGUUGAAGAAAUCAGGGGACAGUUUGAAGGUUGUGAUGACUAUUGGGAUGUUAACCUUUGGGAUGUGGAUGUUGUUUCGGGGGAUGGUGGCGUGGUCUUGCUGGUCAAUUUUGGUGGGUGGGUGCUUCACAUCGGCACUGAUGGCAAAUUGAUUGACAGUUUCUAUAGUUGUCACAUGGGCCUCCAUAUUUAUGAAUGUCGGCUCAAACAAAGUCUUGUUCAGCAUGCAUUUUUUCCGGCUCUAGAAGGUUAUGUUGUGAACGCUUCCCCUUUCUUCUGA